UGACCGAACUGAAAGAUAUAAUUUGAUAAAAUGGUCGAGGAAGCUGUCGAACCGUUAACUUUUGCUGAUGCUUUGAACAGCAAGUAUGCUGACUACGAACCAAAAUUGUUUGACAACAUCCAGCUCUCUCCCAAACGAAGAGCUGCCUUGAUCAACAAGCAAGGCCAUCACCAAAGACAGAUUCUUGCUCUUGAUGGCUGUAAAAUUGGUAGUGCAGGUGAGGCUGGAGAAAUCUCUGAGAUUUGCCCAAAUCUGGUUGAGCUAGACUUGACAAAGAACUUUAUUCAAUGCUGGGAACAGGUAUUCAAAAUAAUUUGCCAGCUUCCUAAAUUGAAAUUUUUGAACCUCAGCUCAAAUCCAUUUCAUUUUUAUUUUGAUGAAGAAAGGAUAAGGAGUAUCACGCAAAAUAACCCAGUCCCAAAACUAAAGAACCUGGUUCUCAACAACACAAAGCUGCCUUUCGAGAUCAUCUUCAAAAUCCUGUCUUUCUUCCCAGAGAUUGAAGAGCUCCACCUGAGCCUAAAUUCUUACGGACAUGUUGUGGAAUGGCCAUCUACAUUUCCCAAGGUUACAAAACUCCACUUCAAUAGCAAUGAUCUUGAUGACUGGCAGGAUGUUAUGAGAAUUGGAAAAAUUUUCCCCAGUCUUAGAACUUUGAUUCUCUGUGAAAAUUUCAUAAAGGAAGUGGAGUUAGAAGACGACUCAAGAUUUUUCCCGCAGCUUGAAACACUCAGUCUUAGCAAAACAGAUAUCAAUGGCUGGGAGUCCUUGGAUGAAAUUUGUAAGUUUCCUGUUUUGACGGACUUGCGAUUGGUCGGGGUUCCGUUAGGAAAAGACGAAGAAGAGGCAAAAAAGAGGCAGUUAUUUAUUUCGAGGCUGCCGAAUAUAAAAAAGCUGAAUGGAAGCAAAAUCGAUGAGAACGAACGGGAAGAUGCUGAAAGAGUGUUCAUCAGGUAUUAUAUGAAUAGCGAUAAUCCACCAGAACGCUAUCACGAGCUUGUAAAAAUGCAUGGCCAGCUUGACAGGCUUGCAGAGGUCGAUUUAAGCCGUAAAGAUUAUGUGCAAGUGAAGUUGUUUAAAGAAGACCAGGAGCUCACCAAACUUUUGGUGGAUCUUUCUAUGAACGUUAGGGAUUUUAAGCGCAUUAUAUGCCGAAAAGUUGAUCUCAAACCGAAGGAAUUCCGAAUGUUUUUCAUUUCGUGUGGGCAACCCGUUGAGAUGAACCAGUCUAGGCAAUGGCUUUCCAACUACCGAAUGAGAGAUGGCGACGAAAUUUUGGUGCAGGAGUUGCAAAAGGUUAGAAUGUAAAGUUUGCCAGAAUAGUGAAAGUUUGAGGUAUAUGCUCCUUCUUUUUACUAACACGACUAUAUCCCAGUUUUUGAUGUAAUUAUUUCUUUUGCUAAAACAUAAGCAGAAGUGCAAAAAGGACAUUGGAAGGGAUAGCUUCAUGAACAUUACCAAUCUAUUAUCGUAAAGUUGCCUGCGGGGAUUUCCAAAUGGUAUAAUGAUGUAUAUAAAUUGUGAUAAGGGUAAUAAUUUUAUUGACAGUGGCCUAUUUACAUAUUAUUUUGAUGCUAAUUUGAGACCGGUUUACGGGUUUAUGUAAUCGAACAAUGAUAUCAUUCAAAAUAGAGUUAGGAGUUGAGUGUAAGAUACGAUUUUUUUCCCUCUACCUUACCCACGGUUUUUGACGUGCUCUGUGUAGUCUUCUCUAUUGUCAAAAACGUUCUGUAUAUUUUUCUGUCUUCUCUAUGGUUUUUUCCGUAGAUAUCAAACGAGUGUUUAUUUUUUUAAUAUAAUAACAGUGACUAUUUUGUCAGGUAGACAAGAGUGGUUUUCUCUAAUCAUGUUUUUUAAUUAGAAUGUAUUUAGAAAUUGUGUGAAUGAAUGGGAAAGUAUUA